AGGGCCUGCCUACUUCCUUUGCUAGGCUGCUGCUGGUCAGUGUGCAUGGCUCCUGCCACCCUGCUCCUGGCAGGACCCUGAGGAGUCAUCCAGCACCCAAGGGAAGCAUAGCCAGGGAAAGAAGGGGGAGCCAGCAGCCCUGUAGGAUGAUGGUCUGUAGAACUCUUUCAAAGUGAACAGGCCAUGGCACAGGCAGGCGGGCUGCCACAGGCCAGCACUACUUCUGGCCAGCCCCACGUGAGCAAGCUGGUUCUGCUUGGAAGCAGUUCUGUGGGCAAGACCAGCUUGGCCCUCCGGUACAUGAAGCAGGACUUCAGCAAUGUCUUGCCAACUGUGGGGUGUGCCUUCUUCACCAAGGUGGUGGAUUUGGGCUCCUCAUCUCUGAAGCUUGAGAUCUGGGACACAGCCGGCCAGGAGAAGUACCACAGUGUCUGCCACCUCUAUUUCAGGGGUGCCAAUGCUGCGCUCCUGGUUUAUGACAUCACCCGGAAGGAUUCCUUUCACAAGGCCCAGCAGUGGCUGGAGGACCUGGAGAAGGAGUUCCAGCCAGGAGAGGUGGUGGUGAUGCUAGUUGGCAACAAAACGGAUCUCGGCGAGGAGCGGGAAGUGACCUUCCAGGAAGGAAAAGAGUUUGCGGAGAGCAAAAGCUUGCUGUUCAUGGAAACCUCUGCCAAGCUGAACUACCAGGUGUCUGAGAUCUUCAAUACUGUUGCCCAGGAGCUAUUGCAGAGAGCAGGAGACAGGGGGAGCAGCAGCCCACAGGAAGGUGAGGCUGUGAGUCUGAACCAGGAACCUCCGGCCAGGCAGCGCCAGUGCUGUGCAUGAUAGCCACUGCAGGAGAGUGGGUGGAGGACAUCUCGGCUGUGCUUUAGAGGGUCCCCAGCCCAAGCUACAUCUUCACAACAAAUCUGCUGGCUCUUUGUCCAUUCAUGUUCUCUGUCAGAGAUGGCUUAUGCUCAAGCCCUGCUGGCUGCCAAAGCUUGGAAUUUCCUUUGUAAUAACUGCUUGCCAAAGCUGAUGGGAACUGUCUCACAGAGGAUCCAGGGUCAAAUGGCUCCCAGAAGACUGUCAGCCUUACCUUACCAGAUACCCAGAUACCUGGAUGCCCUGAGCCAAGUCUACCUGCUCCACCUGGGCUGGCUCUUUCAGCUUCCUUGAAACCAUCGCAGAAGAGUUAAAUGAAGCAGAGAAUACUCAUGAACUGGAAAAAUUCUUUGAUCCGUGGGAUGGGAGGACAGAUGCUUCAUCCUGGGCAGCUGGCCAUAACUGGACCAUGUUCGUUCUGAGAACUGUUGGGAGAAGAGAAGGGGCAUCGAUACAAGGAAUAAUGCAGAGAUGAGCCCAAGAUUCUAAGUCCCAUUGAGGUGAUGCUGGAGAGACAGUCUGGAACAGUGUCUGGGAUGGAAGUGUCCCCCUUCCAGCUGUGAGUGGACGGAGCCAGGUUUCUAUCUGGUGAUCUGAGGACUCUAAAACCCCUGUCCUGAGAGGAACACUGUGCUCUCUCGUGUCCUUUUCUCCAAAUAUUAAAUUAAAUGUCUUGACAAUCCGA